GGUUUCUUGCCUAGUUUGUGCUGACUUAAUUAAAAAGCUGCAGUGAGUUGAUGCCUUGUGACGGCCUAAUCCCAACCUGGUGACUCUACAAAGCUUUCGCCAGGCUUUCUUGCUGCUCCACUCCGGCCUUGCUGUCCGUGUGUCCGUCGCUGCUCCAGCAGCUCCCAGCCCUACGUGCUGACCCCUUGACAUUUUAGCUUUUCCUUUCUCUGCGUCCCAAGGCCGAUAAAGGACAACAUGUCUGCAGUUACGGGCACGUUUCGCAUCGUCUCCGAGGAGGAGCAGGCCUUGCGCACCAAGCUGGAGCGCCUCACCACCAAGGACCACGGCCCCGUCUUCGGGCGGUGCGAGAAGAUCCCACCACACACCCUGCAGAAGGCGAAAGAUGAGCUGAACGAGACAGAGGAGCAGCGGGAGGUGGCGGUGAAAGAGCUGCGGGAGCUGGUGUGGGAGCGGGCUGGCAGCGGCGAGGACGUGUCCAAGGCGGUGGCCGAGAAGGUGCAGGGCAAAGACGACUCCUUCUUCCUCCGCUUCAUCCGUGCCCGCAAAUUUGAUGUCCACCGGGCCUACGAGCUGCUGAAAGGCUACGUGAACUUCCGUCAACAGUACCCCGAGCUCUUUGACAACCUGACCCCCGAGGCUGUACGCAGCACCAUCGAAGCAGGCUAUCCUGGCAUCCUGGCCAGCAGAGACAAGUAUGGCCGGGUGGUGAUGCUCUUCAACAUCGAGAACUGGGACUAUGAGGAGAUCACCUUCGAUGAGAUUCUUCGUGCCUAUUGCGUUAUCUUGGAGAAGCUUCUGGAAAAUGAAGAGACCCAGAUCAAUGGGUUCUGCAUCAUUGAGAACUUCAAGGGCUUCACCAUGCAGCAGGCAUCAGGGAUCAAACCCUCUGAGCUCAAGAAGAUGGUGGACAUGCUGCAGGACUCCUUCCCUGCACGGUUCAAGGCCGUCCACUUCAUCCACCAGCCUUGGUACUUCACCACUACCUACAAUGUGGUCAAACCGUUCCUGAAGAGCAAACUGCUGGAGAGGGUCUUUGUGCACGGGGAGGAACUGGAGUCCUUCUACCAAGAGAUUGAUGCUGACAUCUUGCCAGCAGAGUUUGGUGGCAAACUGCCCAAGUACGAUGGCAAAGCAACUGCAGAGAAGCUCUUUGGCCCCCCCAUCGAGGCUGAAGACACAGCUCUCUAAACCAGGAUCUGCUCCCUCUGCCCUGUAAAAUAGGAUCAAAGUGGCUAUCUAACCCCAGCCACCUCCUUACCGUAGCAUUGGUUGAAUGACUGCUCGUGAUGAGGCGCUCUGGGUGUGUUGUUCCAUGCCUGUCCCUCCCCACCCCAAACCCGCCAGUGGGCUGCCUGUUAGCCCUGUCUCUCUCGGGAAUAGUGUCUUCUCCUCAGGAGCCAGCAGAGAAAAGAGGCCACCAGCACUUUCCACAGCACAUCUUGAGGUUGCAAUGGGAGGGCAGGAGAGUGAUUUCACUGGGAGGGGAGGGCUAGAGCAUGGAACAAGCCCCUGUACUCCAGGGCACACCAGGAAGCACAGAGGUCAGGAUGUGGCUAGAAUGUGCUUUUCUCUGCUUCAGCCAGGUUUGGCCUUUAUUUCCAUGGGGCAAGGCAGCAGUAGGACCUCCAUGGCCAGGUCUAUAUAGCUAUAGCUGUUUAUUGGCAAGUUCCUGGGUUGGUUUAUCAGCUCAGUGGGAAGCAGCAGAAGCAUGGAGAGGACAGGCAUUGUGGGAAAGCAGGAGGGCAGCCCCAGCUCAGCAGAAAGCAGAAGCAUCCUGUGCAACUGUGUGGAUAACACAGCCAGAGGCCAUCACUGCAGGAGACACCCAUGAAGGGCUGGUUGAAAUGUGUACACAGAGAAAUAAAAAAAGUGUUUAACAGUAGAGCUGUCGGGUCCCUUGUGGCACGUGGCAAAGAACAGGG